AAUAUAGUUUAACCUUCAUCUCCUGAAAACUGCAAAAAAAACCCACAUUUCCUUUUUAUUAUUAUUCAUUUUCAUUAUUCAAAACCCCCAUCUAUUCUCCCCCUCUUUCUCUCUCCUCCUUCAACCUCACUACGUACACUAAAACACUUCUCUUCUUCUUUGUUCUUUUUUCAACUCUGUAAUUUUUUUUUCCAGAAAAUAUUUGUUUUUACUUUACUGAAACUUUUGUCCGCCAUUAAAAUGGACGUUGGAGCACAGUACAAUCCUCGAACAGUUGAAGAAGUUUUUAGGGAUUUUAAGGGACGACGUGCUGGUUUGAUUAAAGCUCUUACUACUGAAGUUGAUAAUUUCUACCAACUGUGUGACCCAGAGAAAGAAAAUCUUUGCUUAUAUGGGUUCCCCAGUGAGCAGUGGGAAGUCAAUCUUCCUGCUGAGGAGGUACCUCCUGAGCUUCCAGAGCCUGCUUUGGGAAUAAAUUUUGCAAGGGAUGGGAUGCAGGAGAAGGAUUGGUUAGCAUUGGUUGCUGUUCACAGCGAUGCCUGGUUGCUUUCGGUUGCAUUUUAUUUUGGCGCUAGGUUUGGGUUUGAUAAAGGUGACAGGAAGCGGCUGUUUAAUAUGAUAAAUGAUCUCCCAACUAUAUUUGAGGUUGUGACUGGCUGUGCUAAGAAACAAGUAAAGGAGAGAUCUUCUGUUGCUAAUAACAGCAACAACAAGUCAAAGUCAAUCUCCAAAUCGCAGGGGAACAAGUAUUCAAAGGCUGCUACUCCACAGAAGGAGGAGGAGGAAGGCCUAGAAGAAGAGGAAGAGGAGGAGACCGGGGAUACUUUAUGUGGGGCGUGUGGGGAAUACUAUGCAUCAGAUGAGUUCUGGAUCUGCUGCGACUUAUGUGAAACAUGGUUUCAUGGCAAGUGUGUGAAGAUCACUCCGGCCAGAGCUGAGCACAUCAAGCAGUACAAAUGCCCAUCUUGCAGCAACAAGAGAGCUCGGCCUUGAAAUACAUGAAUCUCACAUCACAUGGUUUGCUUGACUCGGGGUAUCAAGCUGAAUCACCGGUCUUGUUCAUUGGCUCCAACUUGUGCAUGUUGUUAGAACGCGUCUUAGGACCUAGGAUCUCUGGUAGUGAGUGGACCUGAAAACUGCUUAAGCCUGUCUGUCGAUCAUGUUUAAUAUUUUUCCCUCUUAUUUGAAGGCAAAAAAAAGUUUUCAUUAAGGUCUAUGAAGUAUAGUGUUAGUUUAAACUUGAAUAUUAGUGACCUUGUCUACAAAUGAGUAAUUAUUCUUUGUCCUAUAGUAUGAUUUUGGAGACGAGGUUGUAACUUUUCUAGUACUAGAUUGCAUCAUCCUGCUAAGAUUUUCAAUGGAAAAUGAUGGCAAUUGUUGCGUUCACGCCA